UUACUAAACCAUCUCUAGCAUGCAAGCCAGCAGCUUCUCCUUAAAAUAAAACUGUCACUGAACAGCAGCAACGCUGAGGAGGAAAGAACUACUAAAUUCUAGCUAAGAAAACAGGCCCAGAUUGCCAGGCAAGAUGUCGGACAGAAGCCCCUUUGAAACAGACAUGUUAACCCUUAAUCGAUAUGUCAUGGAGAAGGGACGAAGGGUUAAAGGUGCUACGGGAGAACUGACCCAGCUAUUGAAUUCCAUGCUCACUGCCAUAAAGGGCAUCUCUUCGGCAGUCCGAAAGGCAGGCCUCGCUCACAUGUUUGGAAUAGCAGGCACUGUGAAUGUGACGGGGGACGAACAGAAGAAACUGGAUGUGUUAUCGAAUAUGUUAGUUAUUAACAUGCUGCAGUCCUCCUACAGCACCUGUGUCCUGGUCACAGAGGAGGAUAAAGACGCUAUUCUCACUCCCAAAGAAAAAAGGGGUAAAUACGUGGUGUGCUUUGAUCCACUAGAUGGCUCUUCCAAUAUAGACUGUUUAGCUUCGAUAGGAACUAUAUUUGCUAUCUACAAGAAGACAACAGAAGAUGAGCCUUCUGAAAAAGAUGCCUUGCAGCCUGGACGCAACAUCGUCGCAGCAGGCUAUGCUUUGUAUGGCAGUGCUACACUGGUGGCCCUUUCCACAGGACAAGGAGUGGAUUGCUUCAUGCUGGAUCCGGCUCUUGGUGAAUUCAUUUUGGUGGAAAAAGAUGUGAAAAUCAAGAAACGAGGGAAAAUCUACAGCCUUAAUGAGGGCUAUGCCAAGUACUUUGAUCCUGCAGUAACAGAGUAUUUACAGAAGAAGAAAUUUCCUGAGGAUGGUAGUUCUCCAUAUGGAGCCAGAUAUGUAGGUUCCAUGGUGGCUGAUGUUCACCGUACUCUGGUGUAUGGUGGGAUCUUUUUGUAUCCAGCUAACCAGAAGAGUCCAAAAGGAAAGCUGCGACUCCUUUAUGAGUGCAACCCCAUGGCUUUCAUCAUUGAGCAGGCAGGAGGGAUAGCUACCACAGGGACAGAGGCAGUGCUGGAUGUGAAGCCAGAGUCUAUUCAUCAAAGAGUCCCUCUUGUUCUUGGUUCCCCAGAGGAUGUUCAGGAGUAUCUUGCCUGUGUGCAGAAACACCAGAAAAGUAGCUAAUGGCCUUCCGAAGUUUUCCAGCCACCUUCUGGGGGGAAAGGAUGACUCCGAGAAAUGAAACAUUUUCAUCCUGUUGACAGCAGUGGUAAAAAGUCAAUUUUGAUUUUUUUUUAAAAAAAGAUUUCUUUUCAGUAAAUGCAAAAUGUUAAACGUGUAGUUUCCAUUUCUGUAAUACAAGAAUGAGAACAAAACCCAAAUGGUGGCAAUUACUGAGGGAAGUGGAUUGUUUUCCAUCUGCUUGUUCUUCCCCUGACAAAACAUUUUAACGUGAAGUUCAAACCUACAUCUAGAGUAAGUUCAGCUGAGUUUUCUAGACAAGUGUUUCCUAUUGAACACCACGAUGCUAGCAGUCUUGUGCUCUGUGAAAUAAUAUGCUCCUGUUCCCAAUUAUACUUGCCUUGGAUAACAUCAAAACUGGAAAACAAUGGUCGGCAGCUGACAAUCCACAUUGGCUGAGGUUUUGACUAGCCAGCAUAACCCCAUUUAGUGCAGAUUAAGUUACUAUCUUUGUGUUGUUUUCCUAGUGUAGUGUUUACUAAAAGUAUCAUCUCUAUACAGGGAUUUUACCUCCAGCUAGUUUAUAUAAAUACACAUACUAGAAGUUUACCCAUGGUUUUUUUUUCAGCCUUCCCAAAGGCAUAGUUGUAUUUGUCGGUUGCAAAACACUCCACCGCUAACUUCAAAGUCAACAGAAAGAUCUCAACAAGAACUCCAGUGUGAAAUUGCUUGACUGGAUCAAAGUUUAUUGACAAAUUUGGGGGCUUUGACUGGAACUCUGUGUUUCUCUCUCACUACUGACCUUGAAGUAACAUAGAAUAGCUAGAAUACUUGUACUGUCACAGUAGCUGACAUCCAGAGCAAGGAGCUGCUUGCGGAAGGACAUUGGGUUGGUGCAAGACUGUUGUGUUAGCUAGUGCUAAGUCUAGAGCUUCUGUGCUACCACAAGCAUGUUUCCACUUGUACAACAGUUGCACAACUGCAGCACUUAAUUUGUUUUCAUGGGAAUAUUUGCACAAUUCUCUGCUUUUUUGGUGCAACUAAGCAAACUUCUUCCACUGACACAAAUUUACUCUUACAAGAAGCAGCAACAAAUCCUUCUUACAAUAAGAAUUGCUUAUUAUAAAAUAAAAUAAUAAUAAAUAAUAAUAAAAGUGACACUUAUGAAAGGGUCACUCUGUUCUCAGCGUGUGUACAUUUGGGUUCUGUUUAGAAAUGUCACAGACCUACCACGACACCUUGCAUUUCAUGGCCUUUUUAAUCUCAGUGGCUGACAUGAGGAAAAUUACUCAAAGUAGUCUAAUCAAAAUUAAAAACCAGUCAGCCCAUUUACACUUUUUCUCUGAUGCCCUGUUCAGACAUUGUGUACGUGCAUACAAGUGUCUGUACACAUGUACAUAUUUUUGUGUGAAUGAGUGUACCCACUUUCAUUUAAAAAUUGAAUCCGAGUUCAGACCUUCACAAAUGCAGGGUACAGAUAGCAAGUGUACAACUGUAUCCUUGUUGAACAUAACUGUGUGUUCAUACAGAUCUGUACUGUAUUGAAUGUAACAUGUGAAUAAGGUGUGAGAGUGUGUGCAUGCAUUUAUGCUCAUGCAUCUGAUAAAGUGUGUUCUAAUUCAUAAAAGCUUGUGUGAUAAUAAAUUUGUCUUCUAGAUGCCAUAAGAUUCUUCAUUCUUGGAGAUCAUGCUUAUACUGUCA